UACAUCCAAUACGUCUCAAAAAUUCCAUAAAAAUUAAAAAGUGUUUAACUAAAAAUUUAAUUGAAAAAUCUCAUUAAAAAAAAUUAACUUAAUUUAUAAAUAAAAAAUGAUUUUAAAAAAAUGUAUAUUAAUUGUAUUCCUAAUACAAACAACAAGUGUUUUUGUGAUACACAGUAAAGCCGCUGAAGGCAUAAGACAUUUGCCAGAAAAAGACACAAUCUGGGAAGAAUAUGAUGAAUUUUCGGAUAAAUUAAAUAAUGCGCCCACAUGGUCGGCUAUUUUCGAGCAGGAAAAUUUCAACAUGACCAUGACACAAAAACGCACUAUGGAAUUAACAAUAACAUUUAUAGAUCCCGCCUGGGGUCCGGAAUUUGAAUUUCAUGUUAUACAAAAAGAUAAGGAAUUGAUUACAUUGUCUGAUAACAUUAUAACAGCCAAAGAUAUUAAAGCUGGCCAGUCAUCGUGGAAAGGCAAUUUUACAAUUGAAGCUUUAUUUUUGGGUCGCUCACAAAUCCAUGUUGAAUUGCGCUUACCUCAUAGGGCCACGGAGCGAGCGUUGGAAUAUGCUGAUGUUAUUAUUAUGCGUAAUAUUGGCAAGCUGGAUUUGCUGUUUAAUGUAUGCGUUGGCAUAUUUGUCAUGUUGUUGUAUAUAAAUUUUGGAGCUGUAUUGGAAUUGGAUGCCUUAAAGGCCAUACUUAUAAGACCUAUAGGGCCGGUCAUUGGUUUUAUAGGACAAUUUUUAGUUAUGCCAAUUUUAAGUUUCCUAAUUGGUUACUUUUUGUUUCGUGACAUGAUCGAAUUGAGAUUGGGUCUAUUUUUUACUGGCUCCACACCUGGCGGUGGUGCUUCUAAUAUAUUUACCGUUAUUUUGAAUGGCAAUUUGAAUUUAUCUAUUACCAUGACGGCCAUUAGUAAUUUGGCUGCUUUUGGCAUGAUGCCCAUAUGGAUAUUUACUUUGGGCGCUUUAAUAUUUCGCGAUGGCAAUUUGGUGGUGCCAUAUACGACUAUUGCGGCCAUGUCAUUUUCAUUGGUGGUACCUUUGUGUAUUGGCAUUGCAUUGCAGAAAUAUGUUCCAUCGGUGGCUAAAAAAAUGGCGAAAAUUUUAAAACCUCUGUCAUUGGGCUUUAUAGUGUUUAUAACGGCAUUUGCGUUUACCGUUAAUUCGUAUAUGUUUAAAUUGUUUUCGUGGAAGAUAAUUAUCGCCAGUAGUGCCCUGCCCUGGAUUGGAUAUUUAAUUGGUGGGGCUAUGGCUUUAUUGUGUCGUCAAUCGCCGCGUGAUGCCUUAACCAUAGCCAUUGAGACUGGUAUACAAAAUACCGGCAUUGCCAUAUUUAUGUUAAAUUUUUCAUUGCCUCAACCCCAAGCAGACAUAACUAGUGCUGUUCCAGUGGCCAAUUCAAUGAUGACACCAUUGCCCUUAUUGCUGCUGUAUAUAUUAAAGAAAAUCUUUUGUCGCACCAGCAUUGAAGAGACUGAAGAGCCGGGUGUAAUAGCAACUAAAUAUACCGAGGCUAAAGCUAUAGUAGAAAAGGGCCAGCAAAUAAAGGAGAAAACCCCAGUUAACAAAACGUGAUUUAAUGUAAAUUUAAGAAAUAUUUUUUUCUAAUUAUGUAUGUAGUUGUUUAAUAUUUUAUACGUUUUUUUUUUACUUUAACAAAACAAUUUAAGGAAAAAUAUUUUAUUUUAAAAAUAAAAUUGUAAUAAUUUAGUUUAAGACUGUAAACAAUUGAAAAUAAAUUAUAGCAGACAUGGUA